AACCAGUUGCCAGGCGAUCUCCAGUAGCAGCUCCGUCUUUAGAAAACCAAAAAGUCCUCUCUCCCCUCGGCCGCCUGCCCCGCCGCCGUCGCCAUGGAAGCCUACAAGCUCUGGGUGCGCAGGAACCGGGAGCUCGUCCGCUCCCUCGAGUCCCUGGCCAACGGGCUGACAUGGAUACUUCCCGAGCGUUUUGCCAACUCCGAGAUCGCACCGGAAGCAGUAUAUGCGCUACUGGGUAUUGUGAGUUCCGUUAACCAGCACAUAAUUGAUGUGCCGGCCGAAGGUCACUCAUUGGCCUUCAAGGAGCAAUCUAUCCCAUGGGGUCUUGUUGUCUCUAUACUAAAGGAUGUAGAGGCAGUUGUUGAGGUCGCUGCCCAGCACUUUGUUGGCGAUGAUCACAAGUGGAGCUUCCUUGCGGUUACAGAAGCAGUGAAAGCUGGUGUCAGGUUAGCCGCUUUCCGGGAGAGUGGAUACAAGAUGCUCUUACAAGGAGGGGAGGUGGCAAAUGAAGAAGAGGUGACCAUUCUAGAAGAUAAUUAUGGAGCAAAUGGUAAUGGAGUUCCAGCCAUCUAUCCGAUGAAUGGACAUUCCCAAAGUGGUCAUAAAGUUGUGUCCAACGGUCUGGAUGGAAAAAAUAGAUUUGUAUCGAAGAGUCUUGAGGGAAGAGCAGUAGCUGCUUUGAACAAGUUUGGCCAGAAUGCAAAGAUGACGUCGGAUCCCAUGUGGAUGAGGAGGCUCCAUUCUACUCCCCAGCCACCUGUCAUGGUGGUCGAGAAGCCAACUUUGUCAAGUAUUUGGUCUGCUAAAGGGGGUUUGGGGCGUUUAUUUUUCUUAGGGGAGAUUGUCCACAUAUUCAGGCCACUUGUGUAUGUACUUUUGAUCAGAAAGUUUGGGAUCAGAUCUUGGACCCCAUGGUUAGUGUCGCUAACUGUGGAGCUCACAAGUCUUGGCAUCCAUUCCCAUGCAACUGAUCUAAACCGUAGAGGAGGGAAAGUGCUUCGGCUCUCCUCUGCUGAGAGGGAUGAGUUGAAAAGGCGAAAGAUGAUGUGGGCCCUUUAUGUGAUGAGAGAUCCUUUCUUCGCCAGUUAUACCAAGCGUCAUCUCCAGAAGGCUGAAAAGGUGUUGAAUCCAGUGCCAUUGAUUGGUUUCCUUACAGGUAAACUUUUGGAACUAUUGGAGGGAGUUCAGACAAGAUAUACCUACACAUCAGGUUCAUAAAGAUGGGCAGAUGUCUGAGUUUGCUUCUUGAUUUGCCUUGGUGGACCUUUCGUGUUUCUUGUGAGUUGGUUGAUGAGAACAAAUCUGUACUGCUAUUUCCUUGCCAAUUGUUGUCAUAACAUAGGUUGCUAAGCUGCGGCCACUUCAUUAAUGGUGGAUGAACCGAGAAUCUAACCAUACUACGUGUACCGGUGUAAUGCUAAGAAUAGGCACGCAAUAAUACCGUGCAUUUACCAUGCUUGACGUACUGGAACAGAAUGUCUAUAAUAAAUUGCCUCGGGUUUUCUUACACUGAAA